UACACUUAAAAUGCGAUUGCUUCAAAAUAAAAUACGUUCUGUUAAAUUAAAGUGUUUUUUGAUCACUUUAAUUAUUUUAUUCUUUUACUUUUUCUUUCGAUAUAAGAUGGAAGUUGCAGUAACAGAAAGUAAUAAACAUCCUACGCUUAAACUGAAAAAUGUGAUUUUACAUUUAGAUUUUAAAGGUUCUCCGCCUAAAUUAAGUUAUUUAAAGACUCUGCUUCCUAAACUACAGAGCUUGGGUGUCACCGGACUGCUAAUGGAAUACGAAGACAUGUUUCCUUAUGAAGGAAAAUUGGUUAAUUUAAGUGCUGAAAAUCAUUAUGAAAUUAUUGAGCUUCAGGAGUUCGUCACUAUUGUUGUCCGGCUUGGCCUGGAUCUCAUACCCCUCGUACAAACAUUUGGUCACUUGGAACAUGCUCUAAAGCUACGGGAAUUUCAACAUUUAAGGGAAAACCCACUAUAUCCCGAUUCAAUUUGCCCGAGCCAAUCAGAGAGUUAUGAUCUCAUAAAGGCUAUGCUCGAUCAGAUCAUCAACUUCCAUGAAAACAUAUUUCCACUUAAAUAUUUGCACAUUGGUUCCGACGAAGUCUAUCAUAUUAAGGAAUGCAAAAAAUGUUUGAGAAGUAAACUUACGGACAUGGACAUUUACCUAAGUCAUGUUGAAGCAAUAUCACAUUAUAUAAAAAUUAGAAGUCCUUCGACGACAGUACUGCUCUGGGAUGAUAUGUUGAGGAAAAUUCCUAUGAAAAAGUGGAGAUAUGUAACAUUAGGAAAAACUAAUAUAGAACCAGUGUACUGGGACUAUAAACCCUCGAUCAAAGUUUCGCACACGAGUUUGAUACAAUACCACAAAAAGUUUAAGAACAUAUGGAUUGCUUCAGCAUUCAAAGGAGCUGAUGGUAGAAUUUCAACAUUUCCAGACUUAAGGAAAAGAUUAUUGAAUAAUUUUAGUUGGUUAAAACUGAUAUUUGACUACAAAUUUGGAGGCGAAAGUGAAAUUUACGAAUUUAACGGAAUUAUACUUACUGGAUGGUCCAGAUAUUCUCAUAUGGAUCCGCCGUGCGAAUUAUUACCAGUUGCUACACCAAGCCUUUAUUUGAAUUUAUUAAUGAUAAAAACUUUUAAAUACUCAGACUCUAAACCAAAGGAUAUCUCAAUAGCCCUCAAUUAUAUUAACAAAGACUUUUCAACCAAUUUACAUUGCCAAUAUGAAAUUAAUAUAGAUAACUUUAAUUCAAUUCAUUGUCACUUCGAAGGAAACGAACUAUUUAAGCUCUUAAUGGAUUGUGAGAAGAUUAUCAAUGAUAUAACAAAAACAAUCGCAGAUGUUGAAACAGAUUUAUCAACACUGGAAUUGUACUCAAAAAAAUAUUACAACAAUAUAAAUAUGUGGAAAAAAAAUUUUAAGUGGUGCAUAGAUUCGAUUAACAGUCUUAAUGAUAUCAGAGAAAAGUUGAUUGGUAAUUUAUCGCAUUACUAUGGUUCAUCUUUUGUUACAGAAUAUGUUGAUUAUAAGUUAUUUAACACAGAGAAAAUUAUAAAAAAUAUUAUGAAGAUUUUAAACAAUAUGUUUAAAGUGAAGAAUUGGAAGAGAAGACUAGAACUAGACUAG